CUUCUGAAAUGGUAUAUAAAGGGAACGGUACCAAGCCAUGAUCAGAGCAAGCAGAACCAGAGGAGAACACCAUCCAGAUUUCAUCUUUCACUCUUCAACCCCACAAACAACUCAAGAACCAAUCAUGAAGGUCUUUAUCGCACUCAUGGCCCUAGUUGUCCUGGCUUCAGCUUUCGAAGAAGAGGAGAUGGAAGCUGAUGUUGCUUUCAUCAAGAGAGAUCCAGUACUCCAAGAUUACUUCAUGGCUGAGAAGAGGGGAAAGGCAAUGAGGAAAUACAAAGCCUGUGAUGUUCAAUUCAGUGCCGAACAAACCUGCUAUUGCGCCCGUCGUACCGGCAAGUUUGCUUUCUGCGGAGGCGCUGCUGGUGGCGAGAACAUGUAAACUCCACGACCUCUGACAUCUCAUCUCCGGCCCUCGAGACUUAAUCGAUAGAUCCAUGUCCAAACCAAUGGUAGCAGCUAUCAUCAAUAAAUUCAUGAAUUGAACAUAUUUUGAGUACAGAUAGAAAUAAAUGGUAUACCAGAACACAA